AUGGCAAAUUCAAAAUUCGAGUAUGUUCGAGACUUCGAACAACCCGACUAUCUGCUCCGAAACACUUGGGUCGUGGUCCGUGUCGAUGGCAGAGCCUUCACUAAAAUGUGUGCAAGAUACGGUUUUGAAAAGCCAAAUGACCGUAGAGCACUUGACGUCAUGAACUCGGCUGCCAGAGCGGUUGUCGCGGAUCUUCCAGAGAUUACCAUAGCCUACGGUGUCAGUGAUGAGUACAGCUUCGUUCUUCACAAAUCUUGUAAUUUGUUUGAGCGAAGAGCAAGUAAACUUGUCAGUACCAUUGUGUCGACUUUUACCGCAAAUUAUGUCCACUGCUGGCAAGAUUUCUUCCCGGAUACACCACUCUCGUUCCCUCUGCCUACAUUUGAUGGGCGCGCUGUCUGCUAUCCAACCGUCCAAAACCUGCGAGACUACAUGAGCUGGCGCCAAGCAGACUGUCAUAUCAAUAACUUGUAUAACACCGCUUUUUGGUCUCUGGUUCAACUUGGCGGUUUAGACAAUAAGGAAGCGGAAAAGACGCUUGCGGGAACACUCGCUGCUGACAAGAAUGAGAUUUUGUUUUCCCGUUUCAAAAUCAACUAUAAUAACGAGCCCGACAUUUUUAAAAAAGGAAGUGUCGUGUUUCGAGAUUACGAACUCGUAGACCCAGCAAGCCACAAAACUGCAGAUACAGUCGAUGAGUUAGCUGAGCCUGUUCAGCAGUCCAAAACGCAGAACGAGAAUGAUAAGAAGCGCCGGUCCAAGGCGCGAAUUGUGGUCGAGCAUCUGGAUAUCAUUCGGGACGAUUUCUGGGAACGAAGACCAUGGAUAUUGUCCAACAAGCCGGGAAAGGUUCCCAAGGAAACAUAA